GAAGGAUUCAAAGCUUUCUCUGCUUUUGAGAUCUUUAGUAGUUCAUUUUUUCUUUCCUCAUCUAUAAUAAAGCUAAAAGAAUCAUGGCUAUUCGUAUGCCUCGUAUAUUCAAGAAGUCUUCCACAAAUGGAGACAUUCCAAAAGGCCACUUUGCUGUAUAUAUUGGGGAGAAGCAUAAGAAGAGAUUUGUUAUCCCUAUAUCAUUCUUGAGUCACCCAGAAUUUCAACACUUGCUUAGUCAAGCUGAGGAAGAAUUUGGCUUCGAUCAUCCAAUGGGCGGUCUCACAAUUCCCAUCAGAGAGGAUGUCUUCAUCGACCUUACUUCUCGUUUGAGGAACUGCGACAGAAACUUGUCUUCACAAUUUUGUAAAGCAGGAUCUGCACAGUUUGCAUAGAUGAAUAGUUAGAGAAAACUGUAGUUAGAAUGCAGAAUGUUAGUGAACUUAACUCCACAAAGCCUGUUUUGUUAUUCAUGUCAA